AUGGCGACGAGCACGUACUUGUCCACCCGCUCAGCGUACGGAACACGGUACUCAACAUCGACUAGUGGAGCACCCGAGUCCUACGAGAUACGUAAAGACCAUUAUGAUCUGUUCCUUCUGAUUCAGGAUCUGGUCCGCGGGAUCGAUGGAUUCAUGCUUGAGUUCCCAGUCGACGACUGGGGUCAACAGCAAUCGAUCAAGAUCACUCUUGGGUCAGGCGGCUUCUCUUCCGUCCAGCGCAGGAUCGCGAAAGGACGCUGGGGCAAUCGAAGCGUCAUGGCGUACAAGAGUAUCAGACCCCGGUUUGAUCAGGACGGGCGAUUUGAUGACCAGGACGCUCUGGAACAGGCUGUUGUCGAGUUGAGAUUACUAUCGGCAUCAGGAAUCCGUUCACAUCGACAUAUUACGCAGCUGAGAGGGAUCUCAUUUGAGACGCCUCAUCACCGUACGGACGGAUAUCUUGCCCCCGUGCUGAUGUUUGAUGCUUCAUCAAUGGGAAAUCUGCUUGAUUUCAUCCGCGAUCCUGUUCGAAUGGUAGACGGGCCUUACUGGGAAUUCUGCCUGGACGUUGCGCGAGGACUGCAAGCGCUCCAUGGCCACGGAUUUAUUCACGGCGACGUCAAAUGCGAGAACGUGCUCAUUUUCCCGGCCAGAACACCGCAAGGGCGUAGCUUGAUCGCUAAAGUGACGGACUUUGGAUGUUCAAUGGUCAUUGACGAGGUCGGCUCUCAGACACGACUGCGAGGGUCAACCAUUCCCUACGAUGCUCCAGAAGCAGACAAUGUCAUUGAGCGCGGUAACCUUGUAUUCACAGACGUCUAUUCAUUCGGCCUGCUGGUGUGGCGUGUUCUGAUAGAUGGGGCUGACCCCUUCAAGCACUCGCGGUACGCAACGAUGAAUGCCACGGUGGAGCGCUACAACUACAGCUUGAUUCGAGAGGAUAAACGCAAUGGAACAGCUCUGAGCCUUGCAUUGGAUCGAGCUAUGGACCCUGAUUCCGGACUCUCGCCCGAGAUAGCGAACGUCUUAGGCGAAGUUCUUAGUAUUGCUCUGAAUCCGGAGCCUCAAAAGCGAGACCUGGGCCGUAUCAUGGAAGUACUUGAUCGACCGGAAAACCUUCAAAAACGUCUCUUCGGCCUUGUCCCUUCCAAUGCCCAGUUCCUGCGCGAGUUCACCAAGUUCGAGAUCGACCGGUUUGUUGGGCACGCCCAAGCAAGUCGAGGUCUGGCUCAGUGGGAAUCGGUUCCAGCAAAAGCAGACCAGGCCUACCACAUCGUCCGCAAGUACGGCAUACUCAACUCGGACUUUCGCGGGUUCGGAAUGUCUCGACUGUCUCCCGUCUCUGGCGCUCUGAGAGAUUUGCUCUUAACGACCGAGAACCUGUACCGUACACAUGGGCAACCAAUACCUGCUCUUCACUUUCCUAAACUCCCAGCAUCAAAUGACCCCGCCAGAAAUCCAGAGGCCGUUUGGCAGUCCCUGAUGCACACCAUUUAUUUGAUCAGUAAAGAUGCCGGUGCAAUGGUAACGAGUGUUGGCAAGGAGAUGAAUUCCCUACUCGAACGGGCCCCAAACCCUCGGAGAGAUGGACGGUUUGGCGCCGUACAGGGAUUGUUCGAUUUCCCGGGUGGACUAGCUGCUGCAGAUACGAUGGCCAUGAUGAGUGAAGACAUUGUGCCUAUGGCGGCCUCACAAGAUGCACGGCCAACGCAACUCUUCACCGAUAUCGCCUUGCGUGCGCGGCGCCUUGUAGUGCAAGCAGACAGGUGUUUGGCGGCAAUUGAGGAGGCGAUCUGUCACUGCAUCGGUUUUGGUGUCAAACAGGACCAUUCUCGGUAUCUUGCUAUAAUGAAGGAAUGUUGCGAAGCUGGGUACCAGCCGGCUCAAGCAGCUCUGUCACAGAUUCGUCAUGCUCUCGGUUUGCCCUUGGGAGACGGUGUUCACCCAUACCCUAUUAGCCAUGGGGGCGAGUUACCUUUACCUGAGUCCGUCACUUCUUUUCCCUAUAGUACAGACCUGCAUCGAGCCGUCGUGCAACGGAACCAAACGGCUCUAAUCGACCUUAUCCGCAACGGGGCAUCUUCAAUGGGUACAGCAGGGCCCGCUAUCUUCCAUAAGCAGCAUAGCUUUGCAUUGGACGCUGUUCAGCUUGCUUGCAGCUACCAUGAUGCAGAGAUGUUGGAAAUUCUACUGGAUGCAGCGCCGUUUUAUCCUAUAAAUGUCGACGGAAACACAUCCCUUGGGCUGCUAUAUUUCGCCAUCCAGUGUCAAAACACGCAUCUGCGAAUGGCGCGGUAUGGGAUAGACACCUACUUCCAGCUGGAGAAGACAAUGCAACUACUUCUCCGUCGCGGUUCCGCCAACAUUGUGGAUAAGGAUGGCAUGACAGCACUGCAUCUGGCUGCUGCCUGUGAUAUGCCGGAAAUACUGGAAUACGUCCUCACAGUUGACGCUCUUACUCAAGACAUUAACACCGAGUUAGAUGGCAAAACGCCGCUGGAUAUAGCUAUUUUCAAGGGAAGACCGGCUGCUUUUGAUCUGCUCGUGGCGGCGGGCGCACAAGUAUCACGCAGCUCCCUGACCGGCCAUGCUCUCAACAUUCCCGUCCAAGUUACGCCGAGCAACGAUUAUUUUCUCAAAAAGACCUUAGAGUUAGGAGCACAAACUUUAACACCAAACGAUAAACAUACUGCGCUCAAGAGGGCUCUCCAACUCCAGCAGUGGGCUAUAGCGGACUUUCUCAUGUCGCAGGGGGCUAAUAUCAACGGGCUAACCAUGAACCCCAGCCAAACUUUUAUUCGAUUCACAGUAUUUGGCGACGUACUUUCUUCCUGGAAUCUAGGCGAUACACUUGCCGUGCUAGAUCGCCUGAUGUCUCUGGCAGCAAAACACAACCAAGAACCGCAGUUUAUCGUCUCUCCCAGCCUGCACUCAUCGGCCCUCCAUAUCGUCGCCGGUCAAUUAUCAGCUAUGACCCAGGAAGAAGUUGCCCGAAUCUACCCCUUACUCCUCGCAAAAUUUCCAUCCAAAGAUCAACUCGAGGCAAGAGACUACAGAGGAUGGACCGCACUGCACCUGGCGGUUUCAGUACGAAAUGUUGUUGCGGUGCGCGCAUUACUUGACGCCGGUGCAGACAUCAACAGCAUGGCUCUCGUCGAGGGGUACCCUGCUGGACCAUCUCCCAAGGACAUGGCAUUCGGACAGUUCUUCAGUCGAGCUAGCUUCCUCGAUUUCGAACCCAACUCAAGGGACAGAGCGGACCGGGCUUUGGAACAGCUAAUCAAGCUCUUCACUUCUGAGCGUUAUUCAAAGCUUGCGAAGCGAAGUGUCACUCUCCGUGCUGAGCAGCGGCCCUCUGUGACUGCCCAACCCCGCCAAGUAAUGGAUUACGUCGAUGAGCUCGCGCAACGUUCGCGGCCACUACACCCGCAGCACUCAGUAUCCCUUACAGACCAAGUCGUGCAAGCUGUUGCUGGUGGUGAUAAUCAGAAGGCUGUUCAAAUGUAUCAGAAGACUGGUCAUGAGAACGUUGGGAAGUCAAUCGAGUGGGCUGGCAUCGAGUGUGUAAGGUUUUUGCAGCAUGAGGGCGCUGGGUUGCUAAGGGAUAUGGGACUUUUGGACGAUUAUCUGAGUGAUUGA